AUGUUCGGCGGCGGCUCAAGUUCAAUGCCAAAGGCGGAGAGCGACUCCAAGGAGGAUCGCAAGUCCCCUUCUCCCGACGCCGACAAGGGCGCCGCGGCCCAGUCCAAGCCGAACGACCAGGCCGCCAGCGGGGACAAGAGGAGCGGAAACAGCAGUCCUCCGGGACGUCAGACCGAUGGAGCGACCGAUAAGAAGCGCCGCGCCAGCGGUGUGUCCAGCAAGGCUGCCGGCCUGCUUGCUCACGCCAAGAAUACCCUCAACUUUUCCCAGGUCGGCCGAUCCAACUCCGACGUGAGUGCGCAGACUCCUCUGCAGAAGCUGGGCAAGCAGGACCCCGCACUCGUCGUGCCCCAGGGUCAGCACAACAACUCGGCCGGCGACUCCAUCCCCGGUCCCCGCUCCACGUUCCGUGUCGGCGUUUGGGAGGAUAGGAACAAAAAAUGCCGUCGGACCAUGGAGGAUACCCAUGCCUUUCUCUACAACUUCCUCUAUACCCCGGCUCCUGCCCUCGAGGGUAAGAAGGCCGAGGCCGCAGAUGAGAAGGAGACGCCCCAGGACAUGGUCGAGACCGACAACGGAUACUUCGCCAUCUUUGACGGCCACGCCGGCACAUUCGCGGCUGACUGGUGCGGCAAAAAGCUGCACCUUAUUUUAGAAGAUGUCAUUCGCAAGAACCCGAACGGCCCCAUCCCCGAGUUGCUCGACCAGACCUUCACCUCGGUCGACGCGCAGUUGGAAAAGCUCCCUCUUAAGAACAGUGGAUGCACUGCUGCCGUCGCCGUAUUACGUUGGGAGGACAGAGUACCGAGUGAUCGGUCUGCGACUGGCUCUCAGGCAAUUGCGCCGGCUACCGCCGCUGCCACGAAGGCUGCUAAGCUCACGUCAGAAGAGCCCGCAGACGACAAGGCCGCUGCCACCAGUCCCGAAGCAACCCAUGCCAAGCUUAAGAACUCGGCCAGCCGCCAGCGCGUGCUCUACACGGCCAACGUUGGAGAUGCGCGCAUCAUUCUCUGCCGCGCCGGCAAAGCUCUGCGUCUGUCGUACGACCACAAGGGUAGUGACGAGAACGAAGGAAAACGUAUAGCUAACGCCGGUGGUCUGAUACUCAACAACCGCGUCAACGGUGUUCUGGCUGUGACGAGGGCCCUCGGCGACACCUAUAUGAAGGAUCUCGUCACGGGCCACCCGUACACGACCGAGACUGUCAUUCAGCCCGAGAGUGACGAGUUCAUCAUCAUAGCUUGCGAUGGACUGUGGGAUGUUUGCUCUGAUCAAGAGGCGGUUGACCUCGUUCGCAAUCUAGAGGACCCGGUGGAGGCGUCCAAGCUCCUGGUUGACCAUGCGCUGAAUCGUUUUAGUACGGACAAUUUGUCCUGUAUGAUUGUUCGUUUGGAUAAGGCUGCAUUGUUAGAAAGCCAGAACGACAAGGAGAGCUCCGUUGGUGUUGAGCGGCCUCCCCCCUCGAACGCAGCCAAAGUCAGCGAGGCUGAGAAGAUCGUUCAAGACACGAAGAAGAAAAUCGCUGAUGGAGGUACGCCUGCCAUUGGAGUCUCGGCUAGCAACAGCGGUCGCGGCCAUGACCCGGCGUCUAUUGACAAUGGAGACUUCAAGCCAACAACACUGGACGGGACUCUGGAGGAGGAGCCCGGACCUAUCGACGAAAACGAUGAUUCUCCUGAGGUCGCCCGCGACGCUCCUCCUGCUCCUUUGCCGACGAAUGUGGAGCAGACUGACACGGCAGCUACAGCGAAGGCGAACUGA